AAGCUGUAGGAGGAGAUACAGUUGCAAGAUGAGGUGCUAAAAGUUCGUUAGGCAAAUCUCGGAUUUUCCUGAUUUUCACUGAGUGUGUAAAGAAACUUGAAUCACACAUGAAUCGAUGCAGCUUGAGUUGCUGAAUCCGAAAUCCGAAUAUCGCAUUUAAAACUGAAUUCGAACAAACGACGAUUUCAUAUUCUCGUUUUUCUCAACAUGUGCAAAAGCACACUUUUUCGGGGCUUCUCGUAUUUUGAAGUUUUCAACCUGAAAAUUUCACCCAAAUUGAAAUCUGAUCAUGAAGACCCUAGAUCAGAAUUGUCAGGGCUAUUGAAUGGUGUAUGAUUCGACUACUUUUGAAUCUGCUCCGUUUUUGCCUUAGCGGCACCUUACAAUACAAUAAGUGCUUUCUUGAUACAUACAAAUAGAUUCUAAUAUAGACACUUGAAAAAAUACGUGACUCACAUAGACCGCAAUGCGAGUAUGCGAAGCGGCUUAAAACCAAGCAAACAAACGAACGUAAAUUCAACCAAAAACUAUUGUUAGGGACUGAUUUUAUGUUUGAAAUAGGCCUAGUUCUGGAUAUUCAGGAUCGAAGGUAUUGGUUAAGGGACAAGCCUUUAGCAAAAUUCCUUCUUUCUACUGAUUUACAUCAAUCUGGUAGAUUAGACAUUCCUGUCUAUGCAGUAGAAAAGAAAAGACUGCCUCCCUUUCAUCAAGCUUUUGUCUCUGUUAGGACGCCACCAGAAAUAAGUGAUCGAAAGUGGGAAGCGACUACAACAUGUAUUGGUACACGUUUAGCGACAGCUAACAGUAUUGUUACUGUUGAUAAAGAUAUAACCAGCGUGAUGAUUGUAAAUCUGACCCCACGAUGGACUCACAUCCGUUGUGGGCAAAAGCUAGCGUAUUUUGAUCCAUUUUCCUCUGCUUCUUGUGCACAAAAACCUGAUGGAGUUGAUGAUACAUUUACAAAUAUUUCACAGGAAUCACCGAAGGCUAAAUUAAAAGACGGAGAUAAUUCAUCUUCUCAUUCUAUUGCGGACAAAAAGUUAGAUGCUUAUAUUGAUAAGAUCAGAAAGAAGCUUCAACAACAAGAUCCAUCGUAUUUAUUCAUUCAAAAUUCGAAAGCAAAAAUUAAAUUUGAUACAGAUGUUGGAGAAGGAGAUUUUGGUUCGUUAUUCUCGCUUUCUGUUCUUUCUGUUUUUAAGAAUCAGAGUACAGAUGAAAGGUCAGAAACUUUCCCUAAUGUAUCAGUACAUCCUUUAGCGAAGAGGACAAAUUUCGCGGAUUUUGAACCAGUCGAUUCUCAACUUUCAGCUGUAAGGGCCGAAGAACGAUUACAGCCAAUCGCUAGAACAAGAGAUACUACAGAUACUACUACACAUAAUCCUGGUGAUUGGCUCUCAAAACUCGAUUUAACAUCAGCUGAGCUUUCCGUAAAUCAGGAAAAUCAACUAAGGCAAUCGCUACGUCAAUAUUCAGACAUUUUCUCUUCAAAACCUGGCCGUACCAACGUAGUAAAACAUCAUAUUGAUGUUGGUGAUUCUAGACCGAUCAAACAGGGUUCUUACCGAUUAUUAAACCCUGAAAGAAAGGCAACAUGCACUAAACAAACGGUCGAAAUGUUGAAUAAUGAUAUUGCCGAGCCUAGUUUCGGACCGUGGGCCAGUCCUGUAACUCUUGUCCCUAAAAAGGACGGAACACUUCGCUUCUGCAUUGAUUUUCGCAAACUUAACGAAGUCACAGUGAAAGACACGUAUCCGAUUCCCAAAAUCGAUGAUACGCUCGAUGCCUAA